AACCGCAGCUGCCACAGUCCAGAGUCCUAGGAGCCGAGCGGAGUUUUACUCUUAUUUUCUUUUUGCUGCAUCCACACACACACACACACAGACACACACACACACUCACUGUAAACCUGUUCUUUAUUCUCGGAGCGUCUUGGUCUUGGUCGUCUUUUACCUGCUUCCUCUGACGCUCUGUCUUGGACGUUUGGAUUUUACGCACUGAUUACCCAGCCUUGGACCCGCGGCGCCCUCUGCCCUGGACGCUCCGCCAUGGCGCGUUUGUUACUGUCGUGUCUCCUGCUGUUUGUAUCAGCGCAGGCGGCGCUCUCCUCCGGGGUCUUCGAGCUGAAGAUCGACUCCUUCACCAGCUCCCGCGGCGUCUGUCGCUACCAGUCCCGGGACUGCCAGAUCUUUUUCCGCGUGUGCCUCAAACACUCGCAGGACGUCAUCAACCCGGAGCCGCCGUGCACCUACGGCACCGCGCUCACCGAGGUCCUGGACGCCGACUCGAACUCCAUAUCCGAGAGCGCGCCCAUCAGGGUGCCGUUUCUUUUCAAGUGGCCGGGGACUUUCUCUCUGAUCAUUGAAGCCUGGAACGCGGAGUCUCCGGGACUCGAGUCUACAGAGAACCAGAACAACCUCAUCAGCCGUCUGGCGACCCGCCGCAGGCUGACCGUCGGCGAGGAGUGGUCCCAGGACGUGCACUUUGGCAACCAGAGCGAGCUGCGCUACUCCUACCACGUGGUGUGUGACGAGCACUACCACGGCGAGGCCUGCUCCGCCUACUGCCGACCCCGCAACGACACCUUCGGCCACUACACCUGCGACGACGAGGGGAACCGGCACUGCAUGGAGGGCUGGAGCGGAGAGUACUGCGCUGCUGCCAUCUGUCCAGCAGGGUGCAGUAAGAACGGGGCGUGCGAGUCUCCCGGGGCGUGCGUGUGCCGGCAGGGCUGGCAGGGCGAGCGCUGCGACGAGUGCGCCCGACACCCGGGCUGCCUCCACGGGACCUGCCAGCAGCCCUGGCAGUGCAACUGCUUGGAGGGAUGGGGAGGCCUGUACUGCGACCAAGACCUGAACUACUGCACCAACCACAAGCCAUGCCAGAACGACGCCUCGUGCACCAACACCGGCCAGGGCAGCUACACCUGCACCUGCCGGCCCGGGUUCACCGGCAAGAACUGUGAGAUCGAGACCAACGAGUGCGACAGCAACCCCUGCAGGAACGGCGGCAGCUGCAAGGAUUUGGUGAAUGAUUAUUCAUGUGCGUGCCCUCAAGGCUUCUACGGGAAGAACUGUGAGAUCAGCGCCAUGACGUGCGCCGACGGGCCGUGUUUUAACGGAGGAACAUGUGUGGAGAACGUGGCCGGCGGAUACAGCUGCCGCUGCCCAUCCGGUUACACCGGCUCCAACUGCGAGAAGAGGAUCGACAGGUGCAGCAGCAACCCCUGUGCUAAUGGUGCUAAGUGUUUGGACCUCGGUGAUCGCUUCAUGUGCCGCUGUCAGCCCGGCUUCACCGGAUCUCGCUGUGAGACCAACAUCGACGACUGCGCCAGCAACCCCUGCCGCAACGCCGGCACCUGCAUCGAUGGCAUCAACGACUUCACCUGCAGGUGCACGCUGGGCUUCAUGAGUAAGGACUGCUCGGUGCGCAGCAGUUCCUGCGACCAGUUCACCUGCAACAACGGCGGCACCUGUUACACCCACUUCUCUGGGCCGGUGUGUCAGUGUCAGCCAAACUACAUGGGCGCCCGGUGUGAGUACUACGUGAGGACCCCUGAAGCGACCACAAAACCACCCAGGAAUGGUGAUUCCCCACCUGCGCUUAUCGCCGCCGUUGCCCUCGGUCUGGUGACGCUGACCCUGCUGGUGUUCGCCGCCAUCCACGUCCUGCGUCAGCUCCGCCGGGGCAGGCAGCUGGCCAUUUCCACGUCGGUGAAGAAUGACCUGGAGGCCGUGAACAACCGCAAUGCAGUGAUUGGUGGAGGUGGACCCAAUAACGGGGGCUUACCAGGAGCGCCCCUCGGCAGCCUGAGAGAGAAGGAGGCCUUCCUCAUCCCUGGAGGACAACUCAAAGUGUCCAAUAAGGACGCAGCGCUGGCAGAGAAGGGCAGUGACAACAUGGCUAUGUUUAAAAACAAAAUGGCGGACUGUAACCUGGCAAAAGAGGAGCAGCACCUGGGCAAGAACAAGUUUGACCUUAAGAAGUGCGACUCGUCCAUCAUCGUGCCCCCGCUCAGUUUUGCGAAGGACAGUCUGUAUCACCCAGUGUUCAUCAUUCCAGAGCAGAUGGAGCAGUGUGUGUUUGCUACUGAGGUAUAACCUCCAGUUUUCAGACCACCAGCAGAGGAGCUUUUAUGCUGAAGGCCUGAAGCAUUUACUGACCAGGACAGGGUCUAUUCUACACAUUAUUUUAUUUAAUAUUUAUUACUGCUGCUCAGUGGAAAGAAACAAAAAGAAAGGACUUGUUUUUUUAUCCUUUUCUGCUUUGAUACUGACAGUGUUCGGAUGACAAUGUUUUGGAAAAGAAAGAAAGAAAGAAAGAGAGAGCGAGCAGCGGAAUAGGAGAGAAAAGAGGAAAGACUGAAUGUCCGGCAUCAUUUGCACUAUUUAUCUUUUUUUAUACAUAAAAUCUUAAUAUAAUUUUUCUGUCUGUAUAUCUGAAUUUCCUUUGGAUCAAACGUGAACGAGAGAUGUGAAGAGUUGGAAUUGUCCACCAAUCGGAAAGACCGGUGCCUUAGCUAUGCUUCCCAAUCAUCGUGGCAACCAUUUCCUGUACAAUUUCACAAUGAGAUGUCAAUCAAGGACCUGCUUACAGGAACGGAAGACAGAACGUUUUGUUUUAGGUCAAAAAAAACUGAACUUUCCCUCCAAUCACUUCCUGUCUGAAAGACUUUCUAUCAUCAUUCCGUCCGUUUUAUUUUAUUUCUUGUUUGCUUUGGAAGCGAAGCAUCACAUUGUGGCCUGUUAGAAGAAGAAUGAGCCUUACAAUCACCGACCAAGCUACAAACUCUGAAGUGCCUCUUUGUAUGAAAAAAAAAAAACCACGGGACCAUGACUUAAAAAGAGUUUGUAUCUUCAAACCCACAAACCCAGGAAACCCAUUAAAAUCCACUGGAACCAGCUUUUUCUACUGGUAACAUGUUUUAAAAUCCAUCAUAUCCCAUUAUCAGUCUAAAUGAGGUUUCAGGUGAAUCAGGGAGAGUUUUUACCUCUAUCAGCAAUCAGCUGUUUCCUCCAUUUUCACCUCAUGAUAGAUAAUCAAGUUUAACAGCUGAAAGUCGAACCUGACAGAGUCCAGCCGAGCUGGAAUUCAUCUUACAAAUCACUUUUUACGUUUAUCUUUCUGUGACUGUACCUGUGCUUUUUCCACCCACUGUUGUAGGUUUUAGAAAUUUAUUUUUCUAUUAAUCAAAAAGCAAAAAAAACGUGCUGCCUUUUCUCUUUUUGCUGCCUUUAUCGACCACUGCUGACACAGCAAGUAAACAGGAAAACAUAAGAACGCCAGCUGUUCUGCAGCAUUCCCAUGACUCAAUCUGAAGAGUCUGAACACAGUCACACCUGCAGGUGUUUCUAUUUAAAGAAAAAAAAACUUACACAGAGGACUCCAAAGAGAGUUUUUUAAAUUCCUAAUUAAUCCAUUUGAUACCAAAAAUAUGUGUUUUUCCUGUGUAGUCGUGUCUUUGUACUAUCUUCGUUAAUUUAAGAAAACAAUGCAAUGUGUACAUAUCCUCCAGAAGAUAGUUUUCCUAUUUAAUUUUGCCCUUUGUAAAUAAUUUUGUAUUUAUGAAAGAGAAUUGUAUAUAUGUCUAUGUUAAUGUGCCUAAUGUCUCAGUCAGAAUCAAGAAAUAUAUUUUUUCAUAAAUAAAUUAGAAAAUAACAUUAA